AUGUUGCAAGUUGUCGGUCAGCUGUGUAGUCAAGUUGGUUUCGAACGAAUAACCGAAACAUCGUUACACCUGCUUACCGAUAUUAUGGAACGCUACUUACAAAAUUUGUGCUUGUAUAUUGACAAAGUUUCACGUUUGUCUGAUGGCGUUGCCUCUCUUGAGGAUGGGUUAUUUGCUGUGAAGCUUCUAGGCCAGUCCCCUGGAGCACUUAUUAAAUUCAUAGAGGAUGUGGGACCAUACUUCACACCUCCACCAGCCAGUCUGUGUGGACCGAUUCAUGGCAAGGUGUGUCUUAAUAUUCCACCGGAGGGACACGAAGAGCUUACCUCCCGUCCUGAUUACAUCCCUUCCCACCUACCAUUGAAUUAUUGCUAUUCGGAGGAAAACGGUUGUACUCCCCUUGCCCUACUGCCACCUGAAUCAGGGAAUUCCAAUGACCACCACGUUUCCACCUGCAUUGUCUCUGCAUCAGUUACGACUGCACCGGUGUCCUCCUCCGCCGUGCAUCCAAGUCGUGCCCUUCCUGUAUGGGCAAAGCAAGUCACAUACAGGCCAAUUAGGGUUUCCAUCGAUCCAGUCACUGGCAGUCUCGUAGAACAUGCUCCACCUGAAAAGCUUCCCGAUUAUCUAUAUGAUGAUGAUUUCCAUACUGUUCCCAGUAACCUACCUCGCGGGACUCGUUUUGAUGUGGGCAAAACGACUUCCCGAUCACCUACCCACUUACAGUCGUCUACUUCCAGACAAGGAGCAACUGAUGCUGAGUGGGCUGCAGCGCUACAGGCAACUCCGAACCCCCGGCCAUCCAAGCGUAUUGUGUAUACACCCAGCCGGUUCGACCCAAGUUCCCUUCCGUCCUAUAUGUCCUCGGCCAGGCGUUCUGUCGCAAAGGCGCUAAACACUGCUAAUGUCAGACGAUCACCCGCGAGUGUAAUGCUGACCACACAGAAAGCCCGACCUCCUCCAGUAAUUCGUACCUCUAUCCCCAAAGCAAAUAGCCUCUCAACGAAUUCUGGCAAGCGAAGACGCGGGUCAAUUCGACGAGCGCGAAAAUGGGCCAGGAAGUCGAGCCUGUCUAAAAAUCCAUCGAUGUUGGAGAAAGCUUCGGAAUCACCUUUGGUGAGGACAUCGCCCAAGGUGGAUAUCCCCUCUCCAUCUGCUGACAAGACUCCUGCCCUUCGUACUACCGAUAUCCUGGAGAGCCCCAGUCCCUUUUUCAUGCAGUCAGAACAUUCACUGCCACCACAAUCCCCAG